CUUAUGUCGAUUUAGGCGUGUGUGGUUCAGGAAUUUGAACCUAAAAACGUUUAUUUUUUGGCACCCCUGUUCAAAAAAAAGAAAUCAGAUGGCUCAAAAUGGAAUAAAUGAAAUGGAUCAAGCGGCAGAGGAACAACUUUUGGCAGAAGAUAUGGACACCAGCGAAUUAAAAAGUGAAAACCGUCAGAAACUUUUGGACUAUGGAAUCAAUGUUAAAGUUGCUGAUGAGCUCCAGAAAAUGUGCAAUCAAGAUAAACUUGACCAUGACGAACUUGAUGAAAGAGCGCUGGAUGCUCUGAAAGAAUUCAACCCAGAUGAUGGUGUUGCAGUUCUUAAACAGUUCAGUGAAAGUUGUUUAGAACAUGUAACAAACAAAAGUGCAUUUUUAUGUGGAAUGAUGAAAACUUAUCGUCAGAACAAAAAACAAGGAUCAUCGGCAGCUACAGCAAAAGGACCAGAUGAACAAAAAUUAAAAGAAAUAUUGGACAGGACGGGCUACUCUUUAGAUGUGACUACAGGGCAAAGAAAAUAUGGUGGCCCCCCUCCUGGUACAGACGAGGAUGCAACUCCACCAGGACCUGGUCAUGAAGUCUUUGUUGGAAAAAUCCCCAAAGAUGUCUUUGAGGAUGAACUUAUACCGUUGUUUGAAGAAUGUGGAAGAAUAUGGGAUUUGCGUCUCAUGAUGGACCCCAUGACUGGAUUCAAUAGGGGUUAUUGCUUUGUGACAUACUGUGAAAAAUCUGGAGCUCAGGAAGCUGUAAGCAAGCUUGAAAAUCAUGCCAUUAAAGAAGGAAAACACAUCAAAGUAAACAUUUCCGUUGCUAACCAGAGAUUGUUUGUUGGAAACAUCCCAAAAAGCAAGACGCGGGAAGAAAUACAUGAAGAAUUCUCAAAAAAGACAGAGGGAUUGUCUCAGGUUAUCAUAUACAGGUCUGCUGAAAAGGAAAAUCAAAAGAACCGAGGAUUUGCCUUCCUUGAAUAUGAUUCUCACAAAUCUGCAUCAACAGCUAAGAGGAAAUUGGCUUCUGGCAGAAUCAAAGUGUGGGGCUGUGAUAUUAUUGUAGACUGGGCAGAUCCAAUUGACGAACCAGAUGACAGUACAAUGGCAAAGGUUAAAGUCUUGUAUGUGCGGAAUCUCACAAGUGAUGUCACAGAAGAAAUUCUGAAAGAAAAAUUUGGGGAAUAUGGCAAGAUUGAACGUGCAAAAAAGAUAAAGGAUUAUGGUUUUAUCCACUACGAAGAAAGAGAAGAUGCUGUUAAGGCUCAGGAAGACAUGAAUGGCCAGAAAUUGGGCAAGCAGGAAAUUGAAGUGUCCAUGGCCAAGCCCCCUACCGAAAAUAAGAAGAAAGAACAGCGAAAGCGCGAGCAGGAGAGAAGGCAAAUGUUCAUGGCUGUUGGAAGAGGUGGUCCCUAUGGAUAUGAUGACUACUGGGGUCCACCAAUGAGGCCACCCAUGCACCCAAGGGGAGGAAUGAGGCGCCCAGGUCCACCAAUCCCUCCCAGGGGUUAUGGUUACUAUGAUGAUUGCUAUGGUUAUGAUGACUUUUAUGACUAUGGCUACCACCCAGGACCACGUGGACGCGGAGGGCGUGGCGGACCACCACCACCAAUUCGAGGUCGAGGAGGCGUACCACCACGGGGUGGUGGUCCUAGAGGUGGCAUGAUACCGCGGGGAGCAAGAGGAGCUAUGCGAGGGCCUAGGGGAGCCAUGCGGGGCCGUGGUGGACCCCCACCAAAACCAGUUCCACAGUUCCGAGGAGGAAAGAGAAAAGCAGGAAAUGAAUUAGGACAAGCCCAAACAAAACGACGCAAUACACAAGAUAAUUGGGGAGCCCAGCCCAUCGCACAGCAGCCUCUUGACCAAUCGGGUGGUUAUGGUGGAGGAUACAAUGAUGCACAGUGGUACCAGGAUUCAUAUGGGCAAAAUUGGGGUUGAGAAGUCAACCUUUAGUAAUAAUUUUCAGUUCUUUGUUAAGUGGUGUAAAAUUACUGUGUCCCUGUAGGAAUGACCAGAAAAUUGCCAAAAAUAAUCUUUGCACAAAAAUUCUGCCUUUGGAGAAGGAUAUGGCAUUAUCUUUGGGAUUUAUUUGGUAUCUGCCAUCAAAAGACUAUGAUCAUGUAGACAUGAUUUAAUUGAUUGAAAGUUCAAUACAGACAUCUUGGAACCAAGGAAUCUCUGGCAGGCUAAUCAUUCUGAAAGGAUACUUGAGGUCGUAAUACCUCUUAAUUAACUGGUUUGCCAGUAUGCAGCAGUUCAUCAUCAUGAAAUUUUUAAAAUGAAUAUUUUUAAAAGGACCAUAGUUUCUACAAAAAAUCUUAAUUGUGGAAAGUAAUUCAAAAAUCAUUGACUUUAUUUUCAUGGAAAUUAAUUGAAUCAUCGUGUUUGUUUUUUAAAUUUUUGUGUUCUUGGUCUGUGUCAUUGUAGUUAUCCUUCAUCAUAAUUCACGAUUAAAAUGUAAUACUUUUA